GUUCUCGAAACACUUGCCAGAGUGUUGGGUGCCUGCUGCGUACCAUUACUACGUGGUUGCUACCUAGCUGCCAACUACCCUUUACCCGCAACUCAUGCGUCAACUUCCACAACAGCUGGCAAACCUGCAUUGAUCAAGGAAACAGUUUACACAACUCUUGUUGGAGUGUUCAUCGUGCUCUGAAAUGACUUACUUUGGCCGUGUACGACUCUUGUUGUCAACGGGAGCGCCUAAACUCAAGUUACCAGUUCAAUCUCCACGUCUUUUAACAUGGCCCAGAAACACGCUUCAGGUCGGGACCCGGGGCUUCCGAAGCUCUCAUAUGCUGUAUAAGAAGAAGGAUAAAGCGAAAAAGCAGCCCGACGCGGCCCCGGCAUCACCUUCAAGUCCUGCAACAUCUUCCGAAGACCCUUACGAUCUCUCAAAGUUACAGGAUGGCAUCUCGACUGCUCUUUCGCAGUUAAAAGACGACCUGGCCAAGAACCGAGUAGGCGGAAGGUUCAAUACCGAAUCGAUCGAAUUCCUUCGUGUCAAACCUCACAAAGGCUCUAAGGAUUCCGUGAAGCUUGGAGAAUUGGCGCAGGUUGUUCCGAAGGGCGGGCGCAUGGUGACUGUGCUCGCUUCAGAAGAAGAUCAUGUUAAAGCGAUCGCUUCGACAAUUGUCUCCUCCAACCUGUCCCUGACUCCGCAGCCGGAUGCGCACAAUGCUCUUCAACUGAAUAUUCCGAUCCCACCGCCUACGAAGGAAUCGCGCGACCAUGCAAUUGGUCUGGCGAAAGCGGCAAUGGAAAAGGCGAAUAGCUCGAUUCGCGACUCUAGAGGUGCGCUUCAUAAACGCCUCCAGGAUAUGCAGAAGAAGAAGCUUGCGAGGCCCGACGAUGUUCGGAAAGCACACGAGCAUAUGGAGAAAUUAAUAGAGAAGAGCCACAAGGAUGUUAAAGAUCUAUUUGAAACAGCGAGAAAGGCGCUCGAGCGGGUAUAAGCAAUGGGGGAACUCAAAGCUGCUGGUUGUGUUGCGAUUGGAGAUCUACAUGUACACAUAGUCGUUAGGUAUAAUUCAUAUUUUC